AUGCUAGGGCUUGAUGGUCGCAAGCUGGACGAUGUAUCUGAGCUGGGCAGCAAACUAGAGGUGGAAGUUGCGCUCAAGCUGGAUGACGGACGUGCGGUCGAUGCUAGCGACAGAGAACUUGAGCUGGACAAAGUCACGCUCGAUAUUGGCAAUGGCAAGCUCAGGCUUGGCGGUUGUGAACCGGGGCUCGACAUGUCUGGAGUGUAUGAUGCUGCGGCUGGGCUUGACGAGAUAAAGCCCAGCGAAGCCGUUUCCGCAUUGCUGGUCGUUUCGCCUGAAGAGCCACUGCUGCUUUCCCCAGGCCCGACUGUCCCCACAGCCUCAGCCGACGAUGAUAUUAUCGCUCCUCCGGAUCCAAAGUCGGGCUGUAUUAGGCUGGAGAUCGUAGCGCUGUUUGAAGUCACCACGCUGUCUUGCGGCGAUGGUGCAUCGACGCUUGACGAAGCAUCAUUCGAAGCCGUACUUCUCGUCGAAAUUCCAGCUCUCGAGCUCAAAGAUUUUGAGGUCAACACAGGACUCUGA